AUGGGUGUGAGAAAAAUAACUGUAAAAGGUGGAUUAGUUAUUGACUCCAUUACUGUUGAAUACGACAAGAAUGGGUCUGUGGUUCAGGGCCCUAAACAUGGGGGAGACGGAGGAUCUCUAACACUCGAGGUUUUGGUUUUAUGUGGUUUGGAGGUCAUGUUUAUGCACAGGAGUGUGACAAUUAAACUCGAUUAUCCUCGAGAGUACUUGACUUCAUUUUCUGGACACUCUGGAUGUUUUCGCGGGCGUAUUGUUGUUCGCUCCCUCUCAUUUCAGAGCAAUGAAAGAACUUUUGGGCCAUUCGGUAGAGAGACCGGGAAGUACUUUUCUUUUCCAUCAACCGGUAAAAAGAUCGCCGGGUUUCAUGGGAGGUCUGAAUGUUGGAUUGAUUCACUUGGAGCACAUUUUGAGCCUUGA